GAUACAAUCAUCAAUUCACGACAUCUCGAAUAUUUACUGUAAACCUCAAGAAUCUGAAGAGCCAAAACCUCUCUUGUCUCUUGCCAAAGGAUAUCAGCUUUCACGACUUCAAAUUUGGAGUACAGCCGCAAGAGCUACAGACAACCCCUCCAACACCAUCCGCAAACUUGACAAAUAAUUCUCAAAUCUACCCAAAUAUCAACAUGUCCGCCGACGCCCUCCCAAUUUCCCCUGCCGCCUUCGCGGAAGCUCUCAAAGAUCUGCCCAUGUCUACUCUUCACCUCAAAGCCGCCGAAUUACGUAAUUCCAUCGCACAUCUCGAUUAUUCUAACGAAGAAUUGAAACCUUUCGCUGAAGGGAGAGCUCCCGAAUGUGUAGAUGGGAAGGCGGAUGAAGAUUGUAUUGACGCCAUUCGCGAAAAUGAAAUUGUAAUAGCUCGCAUGGAGACCCGUAUUUCACUUCUCCGCACAGAAAUUGAAGCUCGAGGCGGAGUAUGGGGUGAAUAUGAAGCCGGCGCCGAACCCAAGCCAGAAGCAGAUGUAUCAUCUCCCACUACUGCAACAAACGGAACAACCACUGCAAAUGAAGAAAGUAGGAGUAACCCUUGGGCCGAUGGAACAUUUACUACAGGACGGAUUGUAGGAGGUGAAGUUGUGAUGGAUCCAACACCUGCAGCUACAGCUACAUCUACAACAGUGAAUGGGGUAUCAACGGCGAAUGGAGUCACAACAAAUGGAACCACGGCAACGACAAACACAGGAGGAAGAUUGGACGAUGAAGCGUUACGUCGAGCAAUGGAAUUACGGAUGCGCGAAGAUGCUGGUGCAGAUGAGGAAGAAGGUAUGCAUUUGUGAGAAAGUACAAUCACAACUGGUCUUCUUUGGUAUUCUUGCGGACAUAGCUUUUCGAGAAGGGCUUCAAAAUCGCCGGCUACGAGAGAAGCUCUUAGAAGAAAUCUCGAAGCCCCUGCCAAUUAUCCUCUACUCAUUUCAGCGUAUCUCAGCCCUUUUCCAUGCUACAAGAUUAGCCAGAAAGUCUCAAUGACCGGAACACCUAUUUACCUAACAACUAGCUAUAAUUCAAGCCAACACACCCAUAACGACCCCAGAAUCAACAAUCAAACUCCUUCAUGAGAUAUAGUCCUCAAACCGAAAGCCAAAAUCCCCAAUAAAAGAAUAAACAAAAGACGAAGGAAUUGCCGCCCUCCAGAGAAGCCACUUGUAGUAUCUAAGACGGAAUCCCCAUCCAUGGCAUUUGGCUCUUUCCCGACAAGCAGCGAGAUAAUCUCACCAUGGAAACCCGAUCUGCUACAAAUCCAUACGAGCCCUAGCGAUCUUGAUCUCCGAACUCCUCAAUCCAGGGACGUCUCGCAACAAUGCUCUCCUCAACCUUGUUUUAUAACCACUCCUCCACCCUGCCGGCACAACACCAGCGCUGGAGGCAAUACCAGCCCACACUCCAAAAAAAACCGAACCUCAAUCUCAAAAAAGUCAUUGCUCUAGUUUUAGUUUUUUUUAUUGGUUUUUUGCAUCAGCGGCGUUGUAGAUACCAUUUCUUUUCUCUCUCUCUCGUGUUUAUUCAUAUGGUAGCCCUAAAGAAGAAUCAAAAUACAAUGGCAAUAAAAACCUACUUAGCUAGUUACCUCGCUCCCUAGCUCCAUAAAAAUCUCUUCAAAUAAAAAUUUAGGUUGCGUAGGAAACA